AGUUAUUCCUUUUUGUUGAAAAACUAUAAAGCGAGAAAGAGGAUUUGAUUGAAGCGCAGCACAUGACUGGACCAGAGCAUGGACUCAUCCAUCAUAAACCAGGACUCGGAAGAUACAAGCAAAAAUGAGCAAACUGAGCAAUCAUCCUCUCUUACAUUUAACUAUAUACAUGUUAAGUUGGAGAAGCAUGCCCAGCCGGAACAAAGCACCAAAGAUAUAAUUGUGGAGAAGACCAGAGAGUACUGUACAAGUGGUCCAAAACUACUGAUCAGCAUUCUCUUCAGAAUCUUCCCUGUGCUCCAAUGGUUUCCACGUUACAAAAUUAAAAAGUACCUUCCCGGAGACAUUACCUCAGGGCUCAUAGUUGGCAUUGUUACCAUUCCUCAGUCAAUAGCUUACUCAGUUUUAGCAAACCAAGACCCAAUCUAUGGCUUGUACACAAACUUCUUCUGCUGCAUCAUCUACUUCUUCAUGGCAACUUCCCAUCAUAACUGUGUUGGCACAUUCGGAGUGCUGUGUCUCAUGGUAGGGGAGUCCGUCAGCAAACAAUUACAAGCUGCUGGGUAUAACACAGAUGGAACAACAACAGCUGCAAUAAAUUCAACCCUAGUUGGUAAUAUGACUUGUGACAAAAGCUGCUAUGCAAUCACUGUGGCUACAUCGCUUACUUUCAUUGUCGGCGUUUACCAGAUCCUUCUGGGAGUUUUCCAGUUAGGUUUCAUAUCCAUGUACUUGUCUGAGCCCCUGCUGAGCGGAUUCGUUACGGGAUCUUCACUCACUAUUCUCACCUCGCAAAUGAAGUAUCUGUUUGGAUUGAAGUUAACUAGUCGUUAUGGUGCUGGGUCCUUGGUUUUGACAUGGAUUGAUGUCUUUUCAAACUUGAAAAACACUAAUAUCUGUGAUCUAGUAACUAGUAUUAUCGCAAUAGCUGUCAUUGUACCAGUAAAAGAAAUAAAUGAUAGGUUCAAAAGUAAGAUGAAGAUUCCUUGUCCAGUAGAACUGAUAGUGAUUAUAGUGGCUACAUUGGUUUCCCACUAUUUCGACUUUCAUAAUAACUAUAAAGCCUCCAUUUGUGGUACCAUCCCAACUGGAUUCAAAGUCCCCAGAGCUCCAAACUGGGGCCUUAUCCCUAGCAUUGCUGCUGAUGCUGUCCCAAUUGCUAUAAUUGGUUUUGCAAUGACAAUCUCCCUUGCAGAAAUUUUUGCCAAAAAACAUGGUUACACAGUUAGCAGCAAUCAGGAGAUGAUAGCCAUUGGCACAUGCAAUUUUAUUACAUCUUUCUUUUCUGGGUUUGUGAGCUGUGCUGCUUUGACCAAGAGCCUGUUGAGAGAGAGCACUGGGGCAAAUACACAAUUUAAUGGAAUCAUCAGCUCUUCUGUUCUAUUACUGGUACUGCUAGCGAUUGCUCCUCUUUUCUAUUCUCUGCAAAACUGUGUUUUGGGGGUAAUUACUAUAACCAGCCUCAGAGGGGCACUCAGAAAAUUUGCAGACACUCCAAAAAUGUGGCGAAUAAGCAAAAUUGACACUGUUGUUUGGUGGGUCAGCAUGCUGGCAUCUUCCUUGAUUACAACAGAGAUAGGUCUGCUGGUGGCCGUAUGCUUUUCAAUCCUCUGUGUUAUCUUUCGCACACAGAGGCCAAGGGCUACCCUUCUAGCUAAAGUAACUGGGACAGAGAUAUAUGAAGACCAGUUCACUUACAAAGAGCUCAGCAAUAUACCUAAUGUUAAAAUAUACCGGUUUGACGCUUCCCUCUACUAUGCCAACAAAGACUAUUUUAAGACAACCCUGUAUAGCAAAACUGACAUCAACCCUUCUUUGGUGUCUGCAUUACAAAAGAAGGCCAAAAAAGAGGAGGAAGCUGCAGCUAUAGAAACAAAGAAUAGGUUCAUUGCAAGGUUCAAUAUCAUUAAAACAUCAGGUAAGAUCCGUCAGUCUGCCUCAGUCUCUGUACCUCAGUUUGACAUCCAUUCCCUUAUCAUCGAUUGUGGUGCCAUGCAAUUCAUAGACACAGUGGGCCUUGGUGUGCUGAAAGAGGUUAAAAAUGAUUAUGAAGAAAUUGGAAUUAGAGUGUUUUUGGCAAACUGCAAUCCCUCUGUGCGCAGCAUGCUCAGUAAUGGAGGUUACAUGAACAACGCAAGUAGUGGCAUUGACUUGCAUAUCUUUCAUAGUGUGCAUGAUGCCGUCAACUUUGCUGAAAGGAAAUACAGAGAGAAGCAGAGGGAGCUUCAGAUGAAUGAUGCAGCUUUCUCUUUUGACCCUAAUCAAGCCAUUAGUGAUGAUCUUAAAGAUUAAACCGCAUGCAUGGUUAAAGGUAAAAUAAACCAAUGUAAGCAAAAUUUACUGCAGGUUUGGUCUUUUACAGAUCUGAAUCAGUUCUUUGCUUCUGUUCUUUUUCAGGGUGCCAUCUUGGUUUUCUUUCAUGCUGGCAUUAUCUUUCUUAGUGCACUUAUAAAUUCCCUACCCUAUUCCUAAUAUAAGAAGGUAAAUUAUAUUUCUUAUGUAAAUGUUUCUUAUGUAUAUGUACCUUAUGAAAAUGUUUAACUAAACUUAACUCCCUGCAUGUAUGAAAUGGUAAAAAGGUCACAACUGAUUUUUUGGAGCUUUUUGCUUUUUAUGUUCCUUAAACCCAGAGAAUAAAAAUUUGCUUAAGAAACAUUA